CAGAAAUGUCGCCCAGCGUCACUCCAGCAUCAAAACCUGCUUGUUUGCAUGUGUGAUUUUAAGACAUUUAGUUUCGUUUUAAACCCACGUGUCAUGUUAUGUCGCGAAAUCUUGGUCAGAAAUGGAUUUGGAAGAAGCUUUUCAACUGGUCGGAGAGUUUGGUGGACACCAGAAACGGAUGGUCGGUGUGUUGAUACUGCUGCAGAUCUACAUGGCGUGUCAGUGCAUGCUCAUCAUACUUAUCGGCGCUGUUCCUGAGUACCAGCUCGAGGUCGUCACGCUGAGCGGAGGAGAUUUCACGCAGUCUGCAACGUUCAAGGAAGACGUCAGCUCCAUCGUGACGGAGUGGUACCUGGUCAAGCAGGAUGCGUACAAAGUGAGCCUGGCAGGAUCGCUGUUUUUUGUUGGCGUGCUGUUUGGGAACGUGCUGUUUGGCCCGCUGUCUGAUAAAAUUGGAAGGAAACCCAUCUUCCUCAUGAGUACUGGUCUGUUUUUUGAAGUGCUCUUUGCCUAUGGCAGCGCGCUGGCCCCCAGUUAUGAGCUCUUCGCUCUGUCUCGACUGAUGGUGGGGUUGAUGAACGGAGGGAUGGCACUCGUCUGCUUCAUCCUCUCACAGGAGUAUGUGGGGAAAUCCUACUGGGCUCUGACAGGCACGAUAUCCAACAUGACCUUUGCAGUGGGCAUCGCUUUGUUUGCUCUUCUCGGCUACUGCAUCAGGUCCUGGAGAAACCUGGCUGCUGCAGCUAACAGCCCCGGAGUGCUUCUCUUUCUCUUCUGCAUCAUGCUGCCUGAAUCUCCACGCUGGCUGUACUCUCAGGGCCGGACAGUGCAGGCAGAGAAAGUGCUGCAGGAUUUUGCUCGUCGGAACGGAAAAGGAAACGUGACUCUGAAGCUGCGGAAAACUCCGGGCACAACGGGCACAGAGACGCCUAAAGCUGGACUGCUGCAGCUGGUCAAGCACCGCGUGCUGCGCUGCAGGACUAUCGUCCUCAUGUACGUCUGGUACGCUUGCAGUCUGGUGUAUUAUGGACUGACAAUGAAUGCGAGCGAUGAUAAAGGGAGUCUUUUUCUCACUGUAGCCAUGUACGGCCUGGUGGAGCUGCCAGCCUACCCUCUGUGCAUAUACUUCAUCAAUAAGUCCUGGUCAGGGAGACAAAAAGCUUUAGCCAGUUUUCUUAUCCUUGCCGGCCUGUGCUGUCUUCUCUCGGUGAUGGUCCCUGUUCAGCCUGGGUCUGUGUUCAAUGGCAGCUGUUUUGCUCUUUUGGGGAAGCUGAUGGUCAGUGCUGCCUUCAACAUUGUCUAUGUGUAUACGUCAGAACUUUACCCCACUGUUAUCAGGAACGCAGGGUUGGGUGUGUGCUCCAUGUCUUGUAGGGUUGGAGGUAUUUUGGCUCCCUUUGUACCCAGUAUGAAAGUGCUGCACGCGUCUAUGCCGUUCAUAGCGUUUUGUCUGACCGGUGUGUCAGCCGGAGCCAUGGGACUCCUCCUCCCAGAAACACUCAACAAGCCAAUGGCCGAGACGCUGGAGGAACUCUCUGCCCCCGUUUAUCACAGAAUGCUAGACACUCAGGUUCAUCUGCUGGCGGAUGAGCAGUUGUCUAAACGCAGAGGAUCCGAAAGUGAAUAAUACACACGCACACACACACACAGGCAUGAACAAAUACAACCAAGACUGGUCAUUCGUGUAUAUCAUGCCAAAUCGAAUCAUACUGUGCCGACCUGACUCACAGAAACCUGGUGUGUGAGUGUGUGUUUGCUUUUGUGUAUGUGUACGUUUGCCCGCACUUAGUGCCUUCUAUGAAAACAGCACCGAAGGGAUCAACAGAAAAAGUGGAACCGCUCUCCAGCAGAUGAGGACAUGACCAAAUCCUGUAUAAAUAAUCCCUCAUUCCGUCUCACAAACAUGCCGUUAAUGCUGCUGCUGCUAACGAAUAGUUCCUGUCCGAUAUCUGUGCAUCGUAGUCAUCACUGUAAUUUCACAGAAGUAAUUGACAUGAUUUACAAGAAAUUUGAUGAACGUGUCAGAAAACACUACAACAUUAAUGCUACAAUUGUGAAAUAUUUAUUAAUGCAUAAAUUGUCAGUUGUGACGGAUGUAGCCUUGCGUACCUGUACAGCUGUAUAUGUUAAAUAUAUCUCGGGGUUUUCUCUGGAUUGGGAGGGGGAUAAUUUAAAAAUAAAAAUAAUUUGCAAAUGAAAAGAGAAUUGAUUUUUAAAAUGAAGUAAACUAAUGAUGUUGCUAAUGAUUUUAUGGAUGUGUGCUACAAACGUUUAUUAAUAUUUUAUACAUAUUAAAACUUUUAUUUGAAAAUGCUACAAGUUGCAUAAUGGGAUGUUAAAGUAAAUCUUUUAGCUUGAUUCACACAUACUCAAGUUGUCAGUUUACACAGGUGGGUGAAUUCAGGUAAAGUAGACUCCAGAUAGAUGUUUAAAAUGGGACAUGCAUGUUUACUGCAUCGGUAUGCACUGUUUAAAUGAGUAAAAUGGGGUUGCUGAGGUCCUAGAAUUUAUUUAGAUUUUUUAAAAUGUUGAUAAUAAUUACAUUUAUUUGCAUUGUUUAGUCAGCAGGUGGCACUGUUGUGCCCUGUCCGAUUCCACUGUAGGUUUUCUCUGGUCUCAUUCCAUCAUAUUCCUCCAUAUGUGCCCAUUUGUCUUUGGCUCUUGUUCCCAUCUGGAGUGAAUUCCAGCACCAUGUACUUAAUGAUUCUGGGAUAAAUGGAUGAAUAAAUGUUCAUGAAGCAGUUUAUUUAUUUAUUUAUUUUUAAGAAAAAAUGAUACACAACUCUUUAAAAGUGCAUCCUGUACACAAAACUUCCACAUUCUGUUCCAAACAAGACACGAUACUCCCAUAUAUGUUUAUUCUGUUUGAGCCUUGAUCAACUGAUUAAAAUAUUGUUAAAAUAAUAUAAAACUGACAUCGAAACAAAAUCACAAUAAAAAUAAUCUAAUAUAAUCACCAUAACGCAUUAAUUAUGCAUGGUGCAUGUUGCUGAGAGGAGCUUUUCAAACCUCAAGCUGAUUUUUGAGGUCUGUCAUGGCCCAAAAGAGUCUCAGGGGACUUACUGUCAUUAGCAUCAAUAAUGAUGUUCCUCAGAAUUGAUCAUUUAAUGCAUUCAUUGAUGAUAUUGCUGCAAAAAAUCCAGGUGUGUUCAGUUUUUAAACUGUUUAUUAACGUGAGUCUUCUAGUCACUAUUAAACUGUUC